GAGGUCAGGUUAAAGAUCCCCUCCCCCAUCCACGUUGUGUUGAACCAGUUUCUUGGGGGCUGGGCCGACUUCUGUUGUUGGUUUCCUUCAUUGAAAUCCAAGGUCUUCAGCUGAAACUGGCAGCACAUUGCUCGAUAACAGCAGCGAAGCCAGAGAUAUCGACUGCUACCUUCGAAUAGUGUUUACCGUCGCUGGAUUCCCCCCCAACACCACGACUUCAUUGUUCAGAAUCGUACAGGAAUAACAUGGUCGGGAUCCCAGGCACCUAUCAAUACAGUGGAGAGAAAAAGAACCCUGCAAUGCCUGGUUCUCCUGUGGAGGUCAAAGUCCACUCCAGAUCCAUACCCUCCGCAAUGCCACCCCUACCACCCAUUAACCCCAGUGGGCCCAGGCCAGCGUCCUUCUCCUCAACAGCACUGACCAAUGGGAUCAACCACUCCCCUCCCACGCUGAACGGAGUCCCCUCCCCUCCUCAGAGAUUCAGUAAUGGACCUUCAUCCUCUUCCUCCUCCUCCCUGGCCAAUCAACAGCUCCCUGCCACCUGCGGAGCCCGGCAGCUGAGCAAGCUGAAACGCUUCCUCACCACGCUGCAGCAGUUUGGCAACGACAUCUCACCAGAGAUCGGCGAGAGCGUCCGUAACCUGGUGCUGGCACUCGUGAAUUCCACGGUUACGAUAGAAGAAUUCCACGGCAGACUUCAAGAAGCAACCAAUUUUCCACUCCGGCCCUUUGUGAUCCCCUUUUUAAAGGCUAACCUGCCCCUCCUGCAGAGGGAGCUCCUGCACUGUGCCCGGGCUGCCAAACAGACCCCAGCACAGUACUUGUCCCAGCACGAGCACCUGCUGCUCAGCACCACUAUGGCCUCCCCCCCUGACUCCUCGGAGCUGCUGCUGGAGACCAACGAGAAUGGCAAGAGACGCAGCCCUGACAGAGGUAAAGAGAACGGGUUUCAUGAGCGAGUACCUGUUGCCAUGGAGCCCCCAGCCAAACGCAUCUGCACAAUCAGCCCUGCCCCCCGCCACAGCCCUGCCCUGCCAGUGUCCCUCCCACUGAGCACUCAGCACCACCCCACCCCUCCCCCCCUACAGCACUACGCCCUGGAGGAUGUCACUGGCCCACACAACUACCGGGACCCCCAGCGCCUCCUAGAAGUCAGAGACGCCAAAGAGCGGCCACGGCAUCUGGGCACAAACGGGGGCUAUCGCGAAGAGCCAAUGGACCACAGGCUGACAGAGCGAGAGUGGGCGGACGAGUGGAGACACCUCGAUCAUGUGCUGAACUGCAUCGUUGACAUGGUGGAGAAGACGCGACGCUCCAUCGCAGUGCUGCGCCGCUGCCAGGAGGCGGACCGCGAGGAGAUGCACUACUGGAGGAGGCGUUCCAGUGAGCACGAGGAGGCGAGGAAGAGCGCCCCCUCCAAGCAGAGCAGCCCCCGCGGGGGGGGAGACAGCGAUUCUCAGCUCACACCCCGGUCUGGUUACGUUCCAGAUGAGAUCUGGAGAAAAGCUGAGGAGGCGGUGAAUGAGGUGAAGAGGCAGGCCAUGGGCGAGGUGCAGAAAGCCGUGGCAGAGGCAGAGCAGAAGGCCCUCGAGCUGGUCACGGUGGAGAGAGCCAGGAUGGAGAAGACCCUGGCAGAGGCCAAGCGCCAGGCCACCAAGGACGCCAUCCAGGUCAUCAACGAGCAGGAAGACUCCAGCGAGAGCUGCUGGAACUGCGGUCGCAAAGCCAGUGAAACCUGCAGCGGCUGCAACGCGGCCCGCUACUGCGGCUCGUUCUGUCAGCACAAGGACUGGGAGAGGCACCACCUGAUCUGCCGCCCAGGACUCCAGGCACAACCCAAACCCCCAUCCGCAGUGCCAGGCAGGGCAGCGGGCAAGUUCCCAGACAGCGUGGCUACAGCCAGCCCAGCACUGGAGAAGAUCACCACGACCGCCUCCAGGUCAUCGACACCAGCCUCUGUCUCAGCCGUGGAGACCAAUGGACACUAAGACCCUCCGUGGAGAACUGGAGGGUGUUUUUCAAAGCCAUUAACUUUUCAACUGUAUAUUGUCAAUGACACAGACAGAAUCCCUUUGAAGCAACCAAUCAUCCACACCUAAAAAGAGAGACACUUUCUUGGGUUUUAGUUGGGACAUAUUGAAAGGUUUCCAUUCCCUCUAUUGUAGUAUUGUAAUACUAAAAAAAAAAAAAAAAAACAUGGACCUUCUUUCCUUCAAUUCCCAAUCCCAUGUUAAAUAAUCAUAGCUGAUGUGGAAUUGGAGGUGAAAUGGACAAUCCCUUCUAAUUUGGAAUAGUUGGUUCUCUACCUUCCGUCUGGACUCCGGAUUGAAGCAGAGUUAGGAGUUGCAAGCCUCUGCUGGUGAGAAUCCAGAUUGGCUGUUGAUGUCUUCUAAGAAUUAGUCCAGAACUGCUGCACUGCAAUUCCUUCUUGAAGCCGCUGGCUUAUUAUUUGUUGUUUUUCUUUUCUUUCACUGUCCUACAGUUCUGUUGGCAUCUCAGGAGUAUAUUGUAUAUGUUAAAUCAUUUAAAUAAAUGAAAAAAGAAAUGUUUUGUGUGUGUAUGUGGGAGCUUGAAUACUUAAACUAAGAUUCUCAAGGUGUGUGUGUGUGUGUGUUUGAUAUCUUGCCAAAGCCUACCUUAUAAGAACAUAUGUUUAAACAUCUGAAAAAAAAAAACAAAAAAAAAAAAACUUCAAAAAUAAACUUUCAAUGCAGGAGUAUUCUUAGCCCAGACUUCAGAACAAUAAAUCUACGGUAUAUUGGCGGCAAUGCAAAGUCCUCACAAACCUGUGUGUGUGUUUUGUGUAAAAAGAAAAAUAAGAACCCCUUUAGAAGGAACUUGGCAGCCACCGUCUCUUUCUGCUAAGAAGAUGAACAAUGAGGUGAGAUGGAGAUCCAGAAGCUCAUUGUGUUCUUAUUACAGGGACCGAAAGUGUAGCAUCUU